UAAAAAAAGAAUGGCUGUAAACAAAGGUGUCUCUUUUGUUAGCAUGGUAAUGUAUCAGUUUCUAAAGUUCUUCCCAAUAAAUUAAUAAGAGAAAAUACUCAAUGUAAUUCAGAAAAAGCAAAGGAAAUGGAGGGAGGGUGGAGUUCAGAGACCAGUCCUAUCAGAUAUUAAAACAUACAGCCUGUCCGGCAGUGACGACAUUCCCAUGAGAACUUGCUUCUUGCAAAGGAUUUCCUUCAUCCCUCUCCAGAAGAGAAGAUGAAACACAAGAAGAAGUGCCGGGUGCAGAGCCCCAGUUCUUAUUUCGUGGAUGUGAAAUGCCCGGGAUGCUAUAAAAUCACCACUGUCUUUAGCCAUGCACAAACAGUAGCUUUGUGUGUUUGCUGCUCUACUGUCCUCUGCCAGCCUACAGGAGGAAAAGCAAGGCUUACAGAAGGUUGCUCCUUCAGACAGAAGCAGCACUAAAAUCACCCUGAAUCAAGAUGAAUGGGAAACCAUCCCAAUAAACACAUUUUGGAUACAAAAAAAAAAUUAUUAAAACAUGCAGGAUAACCAAACGUAAAAUAGAUAGCUAGUGGGAAGCAGCCGCAUAGCACAGGGAGAUCAGCUCGGUGCUUUGUGACCACCUAGAGGGGUGGGAUAGGGAGGGUAGGAGGGAGGGGUGGGAGGGAGACGCAAGAGGGAGGGGAUAUGGGAACAUAUGUAUAUGUAUAGCUGAUUCACUUUGUUAUACAGCAGA